CUGAGUGAGAGAGAAAAGAAGGGGAGGGAGGACGAGGAAGAGAGAAAACUCAAUUUAAUAGCCGCCAGCUUAUUUACAACAGCAGAAUGCGUUGCUCCGAGCACCUGAGAGAUAGUAGAGUAUAGUGGUAGAUCUGUCUAACGCACAGCGAUUGCAAGCAGCUCAAUAUAUGAAGUUAUUUCUACGGGAAGCCUAACUUGUCUUUUACUGUGUUCUAACAAUGUCUGUGAAACCACCUUCACCACUGCAAGUGGUCGUAUACAAUGAAAUUCCUCCUCCCAAAGAAUCCGUCGCUAGUGGUACCCCUCCUAAAACCUCCGACGUUGUGGAAUCGUUGCGAAGUGCUUUCUCCAGCCUGAAAACGAAAUUUAUCUCCAAAGAUGGCAGAUCUGUUAAUUAUCAAAAACUUAAGACUUCAGCUGAGCUGAAGAAUUUAGAAAAAGAAGUGCAGAAGCUUGUUCGUAUCAACUUGGAAGACUUAUCCAUCGAUGAUCAGAAAGCUCUCUUUAUUAAUUUAUUCAAUAUUCUCACCAUUCAUGCAAUCUCAUUGCAACCAACCCUCCCACAGUCUAUACGUAAUAUCAGCCAUUUUUGGGACAGAACCGCAUACCAAAUUGGAUCAGAAACCUACACAUUGAAUGAUAUUGAACAUGGAAUUCUGAGGGGCAACAAACCUCCACCAACCCACAUUGAGCUUCCAUUUGGUCCUAAAGAUGCUCGUUUAAAGUUUGUCAUGAAACCUGAUUCCAGAAUACAUUUUGCUCUUGUUUGGGGUUGUAAAUCAAGCCCACAGAUCAAUAUAUACCAGGGUAAGAAUCUAGAAAGUUCCUUGGAGGAAGCAAUGAAAACGUUUUGUGUGCAAGAAGUUUGUAUGUUUACAGAAAUCAAUGAGAUAUGGCUACCAAGUUUAUUUAAAUGGUAUCAGAAGGAUUUCGGUAAAUCGGACACUGAUGCUGUUAGAAACAACCAAAUUAUUUGCUGCUCUGAACUGUCAGCACCAAUUAUCCUCACCUACCUGCCUUCAUGCACUUCACAGUCUGCAAGAUUUAUCACUUCAAAAGGGUCUCUAUUGACAUUUACAAAAUUCACCAACCUGCCGCUUCUCAAUAAAGAUAACUCUAUCUGUCAUGCCAUACUUGUCAAAGGAAACGAAGAACCGUGCAGAGCUUCUGUUGCUUGCUUUAGACAGAAUUGGUAAUGUGAAUUUGAAACUGACACCCUAUGAAUGGCAAUUAAACAACUCUGGAACAGUAUAACACACACACACCACAUAUAAAUAUGAACACAUUACUGAUAUGCUCUCAGAAAUUCUGAGACUCUCAGAAACACUGGUACUCUGACACUUUCUGACAUAUGCAUAUUCUUCAUGCAAGAAUGGAUUAGCAUUAUUUAACAGAACAUCCUAACAAACCUGUUUGUUUAUAGUUUUAUAUAUUUUUGUAAUUUCAAUACAUACUAGUCUUCAACUUGGACCAGCUAACCAGCUAAUGUCUGCUUAAAAGCUUAUCUACAGCAGAACGAAUAUCCUUGAUUGAAUUGCCAGAAUUGUUCUAGUGGUCAGACAGAAUGAUUUUCAAUAUUUAGUCUGGCUUUUUACAUUCUGAGUUUAAAUUCUAUGAGAUCAACUUUGCCUUUCAUCUGUCUAGGAUCAAUAAAAUAUGACUGCAACCAAGUACUGGGGUUGGUCUUAUUGACCAUCUCCUUCCCCCACCCAAAUGUGUGACCUUGUGUCUGUUAGAAACAAUUAUACAUACAUACAUACAUACAUACAUACAUACAUACAUACAUACAUACAUACAUACAUACAUACAUACAUAAAUAAAUAAAUAAAUAAAUAAAUAAAUAAAUAUAUAUAUAUAUAUAUAUAUAUAUAUAUAUAUAUAUCAUCAUCAUCGUUUAACGUCCGCUUUCCAUGCUAGCAUGAGUUGGAUGAUUUGACUGAGGACUGGUGAACCAGAUGCUACACUAGGCUCCAAUCUGAUUUGGCAGAGUUUCUACAGCUGGAUAUAUAUAUAUAUAUAUAUAAGAAAGAGAGAUGACAAAGGAGUAAAUGAUUAUCUUAUGAACUUCAUGAGAUAAUAUAUAUAUUCAUAUUUAUAUAUAUUUGGUACAGUGGCUAUGAAUAUAAGUGAAACAAAUUACUCUAAAUAAUUGUCGUCUUUGAAGGAAGAAAAAACAACUCUCAUUUCCUUCACCUCCACUAAGGGUUGCUGUAUUCACUAAAAUUGAUGUGAAACCAUGAUAUAAAAUUCUAAAAUGCAUGAAAGCAUACUGGAUAUAUUUCUGUGUACAUCUGAGGAAAGUCUUUAAUGCAUGUAGCGAACAUUCAUUCAACCAAAGCUGUGGCUUCAUUUCAUUGCUACUCUGCAUUCCACAUUUUUUUUCUUAGUUCUUUUACGACAACCAGUUGCCUUUUUGACCAAAUGAAUAUGCAAGAGUGUUUGUGCAUGUAUGAAUAAAUAUAUAUAUAUAUAUAUAUAUAUAUAUGUAUUUGACUGCAUCUCUGUGUGUAUGAGAAAGAUUAUAUACAGUGUAACCAAUUGGAAAUGACAUAGAUUUCAUUGGUAUUUUGACACCCGUGUAAGUCAAAAUGGUAAUGGCAUCUGUAUUCACCCCAGGGUCCAUAACUGACUGACUGACUCUGUGUGUGUGUGUGUGUGUGUGUGUGCAUUUGUUAAUGCAUAAGUUUCUUUGAUUCUGAAAAUUUAGUAAAAGUACCCCUUUUUUAUAUUUGAGUAUGUAUAAAUGUGUAUAUGUUUGAACCUCAAAGAAUAAGAGAAUUUAUUGGUUUUGUCAGCCUUGAAAUGUAAAUGCAAUCUUUUAGCUAGCAUUAAGUCAGUCUCACUUUGUAUGUGAUACAACAUUUUGUCUGUAGGAUGCUUAUUUCUAGACUAGAGCCACUGACAAUAUAUCCCUGUGGUUGCACUGUUUAAUAAUGCAAUAAUGAUUCUCAGAAGGAUGCUAGUCACUGUGAUAUGUCUUAUGACUAGGGUUGUUUCUAGAAUAUGACAAGUCUUCCAUAUCUCUAAUGUUCUAGAAGAGAUAUCAAUUGUCAUGUGCCAAGACUAUCAUUUGUUAUAUCUUUCUUUGUGAUUAUCUGUUUAUCUGCCUACCUACCUAUCUAUCUAACGAUCUGCCUAACUGUCUGUCAGUAUGUGUUUAUUAUUGGCACAGUGACCCUUCCACCAAGAUACAACAAAAUAUGUUUCAACAUACAAGUUCUCAUCAAGAAUCUUGUGAACCAAAUACCAAAAUCUAAUCACCAUAUUAUCCACGAACCACAAGUAACCUUCUUGAACAUCAUGUCUGAGGAAUUUGAAAUAAGAAAACUACAGGAAAAAAAUUCUAUCAGAAAUUAGGCAAAACUGAAACACAAGAUCAAUGAUUAAGAGAUAGAAAUGAAAGCAAAAUUAAUUUAUUUAUUACGUUUGAUAAUCUGAAGUGUCCAGCUGAAUAUUUCCUUAUAGCAAUAAAGCCUAGAUACAUUUUGAGCAGUGCAACUGAGGUUGCUUAAGCAUCAUUGAAAUUUGUUUUGUGUUAUCUUUUUUCUGGUGAGAACUUUUUUGUCUUGGCUGAUUUUUAAUUUCAGUGCUGCAAUCUAGAAAAAUUCCUCAUUCUAUAAUGCCUUAUCUUAUUAUAAUUGUUGUUGUUGUUGUUGUUAUCAUUAUUAUUAUGAUUGAGGUGCUGAGCUGGCAGAAUCAUUAGCAUGCCUGGCAAAAUGCAUAGCGGUAUUUUGCCCAUCACUACUCUGAGUUCAAAUUCUGCCAAGGUCAACUUUGCCUUUCAUCCUUUUGGGGUUUGAUAAAAUAAGUACCAGUUGAGUACUGGGUCGAUGUAAUUGACAUACUCCACUUCCCCGUAAUUAUUGGCCUUGUGCCAAAAUUUGAAAUUAUUCUUGUUGUUGUUGUUGUCUCAAGCAGUGAACUACAACUCCCAUGGGUCCAGUUACAACCAAGUAGACUGAGCCAUUUAGAAGCCAUUUGUAAGCGAUAGAGUGAAGCUUUUUUCUUUAGUAGAGUGAAUCCUAUUAGUUUGAUCAGCUGCACCUAUUAUUUUAAUUAUAGUGUAUUUGUUUCAACCGCAAAAAAAAAAAAAAAUUUUUGUUGUUUUUUUUUUCCUUGUUAUUUCUUGAUGUUCAAAAUCGAUUCUGUAGAAAUGGCAAAGCUGUCUUUGACAUUCUUGGGUACUUGACCUCCUCGUCACUGAAUAUGUUUCUUCUCUCUCCUGUUUUCAUAAUAUUUAUGGUACACAAGCUUUAACUUUGAACUUCUUGAACAUACGAAAACAAAAGGUUAAUAAUCUGUAUAAAAAUUCUAAAAUUGAUUUAAAAAAAAAAAAUUUUUUUUUUUAUCCAUUUUCUUCUACUUGAAUUUAACAUACUUUACAAGUUUUAAAUAUGUCACUUUUUGAAAUAUCUCCGUUUGAUUCAAUUAUUAUUGUUUUACUUCUCAGAGUGCUUGGUCUCAUGUGCUCUGGUUGAUUUUGUGAGAGUGGACAGCAGCCUGUUGUCAGAGGUCUCUUUCAGCAAUUAUAAGCUUUGAUAAUUGGUUGUUAAUUACCGUGGAAAGGCAUUCAACACCCAAGUACCAAUCUCAAAAUCCUAGCUGUCCCCAGCAGAGCAGUUUUUUUUUUUUUUUUUUUUGGUUUGCCCUGCUCUCAUGUCACUUCCGAUUUCUAUGAGAUAUUUCUUGAACUUAAUUGUUAGUGCUGCCGCUAUCAUUAUUAUUAUUAUUUUUUUUAUUACUUUUAAUUUUUUUUAAUAUUAUAAUCUUUAUUAUUAUUUUUAUUAUUAUUAUCAUUUUUAUUUUUAUUAUUUUUAUCAUUAUCUUUAUUAUUAUUAUUAUUAUUAUUAUUAUUAUUAUCAUUCAUGAAUAAUAAUAAUAAUAAUAAUAAUAAUAGCAUUAACAACCAAGUAAUAUUAUUAUCUUAGUCAAGGAACAUAACUUUGCUUGCAUUUCUCUGACUGACAGAAAAUGCUUAUCAUAAUUUAUGUUUUAGUUGUUUACAGUAAAGAAUUUACUAUAAUCGCUUUCUUGGGCAAGGUGCAUAACUCUGCUUACCUUAGUUUGAUAAGCAAGUUCCACUCCACAUAGAAGUGAAACUCUUGUCAGUUGAUAUUUAGCAUAAUUUUUUUUUUUCCUUUUUUUUAUCUCUUAGUCUUCUAUGCCUAUAGUCUUCCCAGAUCUUAUAGUUUGAAUUAUUACUCAUAUAAGAAAGCAGAUCUAUCUGCUAAAAUUCUCCAACAACAACAUACAAAUGGUUGAGUUUGUGAUCCUAUCCUACUCAUAAGCAUUGGAAGAGGUAAAAUAUUUUAAUCAUUCGUUUAAAUUUAUUUUAUUAUUUGAGAGAUUUCAAACGUUAUUCCUGCCCUCCCCCAUUUUCAAAUUCUAUGAAUUACUUUCUAUAUUCUGUUCAGAUUCAAUCUGUAAGGUCUUGGUAUUUUUUCACUAAGGUUAAAUUUGAGGAAGGCAUCAUUUGAAGUUAUAUAGUCUUGGGUCAGUCCUGAUUGAGAAAUUCUUUAGCAUGUAGGUUAUUGACCAAAUGACAAGUUGGUGCUAGAGUGUGUAAAAUUACUGUGUAUUAUCUUGAAAGAUUUCUGGACAUUACUGUCUUGAGUCCUAGGGCCCGCAGGGCCAAUUCCCCUGUUCCCAAGGCAUAUAAAUGAGAUCGCAACAUUCCCCUUGGAUAAGAUGCCAGUCCAUUGCAGGAUUACUUAUUUACAGCUGAGUGGACUGGGACAACGUAAAAUGAAGUGUUUUUGCUCAAGAACACAAUGCACCACCCAGUCCAGGAAUUGAAACUACAAUUUUGUGAUUGUGAGUGCAACACACUUAACCACAAGACUACAUGUCUUCACAUGAAAGAUCUAUAGACAAAUGUAAUUGAUCGUUAAUCUUUUAUCUUGGAGAUAUUCUUUUGUAGAUUUAUAUUGCUUAAUAAAGUUAGCUAAGUAUUGUUUGGAUGAAGUGGGGCUUUUAGUUAUGUUUUUGUGUACAGUACAUAAGCACUUUUGGAUUGCUUUCUUGUGAUUGUUGGCGUUCUUUCAUUUAUGGAGUAAAACCUUUUCUGUCUUUCAAUUCCAUGUGAAGAAUAAAUGCCAGAGUUGUUUAUCUUUCAUCUGCUUGAUACUACAGAGAUGGAAGUCUAACACUUGCCUUAUGAACUCUUGUGGUGCAGUAAAGAAUUCAAUUUGUAAAGUUGAGAUGGUAUUAAUUAUGGUAUUACUGUAAAUCCUCGAGUAUAGUCUGCCCUUGAGUAUAAUACGCAGGGGAUUUUUAGGGGGCUGUAUCUCUGAAAAACUUAAACCUUGUGUAUAAUACGCACCCCUUCUCUAACUUGAGUCAAUACCGUCUAUAUAACGUCCUUGGUUUGUAAACAUAUAUACAGUAACGUCCUUUAUUAUUAUUGUAUAUAUAACAUAAUGCAAAUGUGUAGCUUUUUUGUACACUUUGCAGAAAAUAAAGAAAUAACAGUAAUAAUGUCGGUGAAAAGUAAAUAUUAAGUAAAUUGCCUUUACAUAUUUAUAAAUUAGAAAAUUUUGCUUAAAAAUUAUUUUUCAUUUUUAACCUCGUAUAUAGUACGCACUAGAAAUUUUGACCUUUAAAUUUUGGGAAAAAAGUGCUGAUUAUACUCGAGGAUUUACGGUAAUACAAAAAAGAAACCCCCUCGAAAAAAAAAAAAAAACUAAUUCACACUUAGUUAUUCAUCAGCUGCUCAUCUUUGCCAUCUUAAGCAAUAAUUUAUCCUUUCAUUAUCUUAAUUGCUCCUUCUAUUCUCUAAGUAAAAUACAAGAUGUCUACAAAGUUCUCUAUAAUUUGUUGGUGGUCAUAGGCCUGCUGAACCAGGUCUGACCAGGACUAAAGAUUAGUUCCAAAACUGACCGGCAGAUUUACUGAAGAAAGCUUUUUUAAAACUUUUUAUUACUUUAGCACUGUUGCCUUAUAAAUGGUUUUCUGGACUUCUUGUGGCUCAGUUAGAUUUUCUAUAUAUAUUUACAAAAGUGUGGAGACUGUUUUGUAUCCUUUUUAUAAAUCUUUUUGUUUUUCAUUUUUAAAAAUUCUGCCACAAUCUUACAUAGCUUUAUAAUUUUUGACAUUCACUUGCUUUCUGUUGUAUAAGUUGUAUCGUGCUAGCAUUUGCUAACAAUUCUUAUCCCACUGAGUCCUUAGCUCUUUUGGCCCUCUCUUUAGCAUAACUUACAGAUAAAUAAACUAAAAAAAUAUUUUAAUAACUUUUUUUUUUUACUUUUAGCACUUCACUGUGAAAUUAUUUAAAUAUUUUUGUUAUUUUAUAAUUAUCUAUAUUUGUCUCUUGUACAUAUUAAAUUUAUCCUGUUUCUUUUUUAUAUAUAUUUUUUAUUGUAUUUCAUUUCACAUUUGAGUUUUGUAAAUAAAUUCUUCUUUCUGUUCAUCUGUGGUAUCAAAAGUUUGAAAGCAGAGCCAAUACCGGAAUCUCUUGGACCUUGUGCAUAGAGUGGAAAAGAAUACCUGAAUCUCUCGCUAUAUUAUGCUUAUUUCGCCAAACCAUCGAAUCUGUUUGUUUCUAUCUUUUACACAUGUUUUCUUCAUUGUACUGUGGCCAUGCUGGGGCAACACCUUCAAGAGUUUUUAGUAAAUCAAAUCAAUCCUUGUACUUUUUUUUUUUUUUUUUUUUUUUUUUAAAGCCUGUUGCCUACUCUGUUGGUCUCGUUUGCUGAACCGCUAAGUUAUAAAGACAUUAACAAACCAACACUAAUUGUAUAACAGGGGUGGGAGAAAAACUUCUGACACACCCACACACACAACAGGCUUCCACACAGUUUCUGUCUAUAAAUUCACUCAUAAAGCAUUGGUCAGCCUAGAGCUAUAGUAAAAGACACUUGCCCAAGGGGCCAGGCACUGGGGACUGAACCCGAAACCACAUCAUUGCAAAUAAAGCUUUAUAAUCAUACAGCCAUGGCUGUGCCUAUAUUGUAUUAAAAAAAAAAAAAGUUAAAACCAAAUUGAAUAGGAACUGAAUCCCUAGAAUUUCAUUUUGUGACUCCUCUGAAAGAAAUAGCAAAUCAAAGUCUGAUUGCCAAUAUCAUUAAAAUAAAAUGCUAUACUAUUCCAUAACAAAUAGUUCUUUGACUGCUUUGAUUUGCUAUUCAAUUCAUUUAUUCAAAGUUGUUGCCUAUGCAAACAUUGUGUUCGUGUUCUGGAUAUUUUUACAGCAAUAAUCAAAUUUUUAUGUUUAAUAAAUGAGAAAAACUAUCAGGAUCCCUUGCCAGAUUUUAACCAUUGCCUUCUCAAAUGUUACAAUUUACUUUUUUACUUCAAAGAAUUGUUGUUGUUUUUUUUGUUUGUUUUUUUUCCACAUUUCCCAGAUACAGCAAAAUCUGAUGAUGUAGAUGGUGACAACAACGAUGGUGAUGGUGCGGAGUAGAUGAUGAUGAUGAUGAUGGUGGUUUUGGUGGUGGUGUAGAUGACAAUGAUGAUGAAAAUGAUGUCAAUGCUGCUGAUGAUGAUAAUAAAGAGAAUGUAAAAGAUAGAAACAGGACUAUAACAUUGAUGUUAGGGAUAUAAUUCUUUUUAACAAUCCCCAUAACAAUUUAGUUUUUUUUUUUUUUUUUUUUUUCCUUUAGAUAUUUGAAAAGUUCUAGUGUUUCACUGGUAUUUAAUCUUGACUCAAAUAGGAAUUGAACUCAGAUUAUUAAAACAUCAAAGCUGA